UCUUAUUUAUUAAUGCAUACACCUCUUAAUAUUCCUCACAAGCCACCCCACCGCUCUUACACCACCUUCCACGGCGGAGCUCCGAUGAAACUUUUGUGUAUCGCGUCGUCUACCCGAACGAGCUCCUCCACCCGAUGCAAUGCUGUGCCUUCCACUCAGACGACGACCGGCCCUACACGACGAUCUGCAAACUACAAACCUCCCUUCUGGGAUUUCAACUAUAUUCAAUCGCUCACCACCCAAUAUACGGAGGAGAUACAUUCGAAGCGGGCUGAUGAGCUGAUUGCGCGAGUGAAGAUGUUGUUGCUGCACCGAGAAAUGGAAGGCGAUCGACGACUGGAGUUGAUUGAUGAUCUGCAGAGUCUCGCUAUAUCUCAUCACUUCAACCAAGAAAUCAACCAAAUCUUGACUUGUAUUUACCAUGAGAAUAAUUUUGAUACAAAGGAAAGGGAUUUGUACUCAACAUCUCUUGAAUUCAGACUACUAAAAGAGCAUGGUUUUCGAGUUUCUCAAGAUGUGUUUGAUUGUCUCAAGAAUGAGAAUGGCAAUUUCAAAGCAAGCCUUUGUGAUGAUAGGAGAGGAAUGUUGCAAUUAUAUGAAGCUUCUUUCCUACUUACACAUGGAGAAGAAACCUUGGAGUUGGCCAAUGAAUUUGCCACCAAAUAUCUCCAAAGAAUUGUUGAUGAAGGUGAUGAUGAUCAUAAUCUUUUAGAAAGGGUUCGCUACGCUUUGGAUCUCCCAAUCCAUUGGAGGAUUCGAAGGCCGAAUGCAAGAUGUUUCAUUGAAGCGUAUAGCAGAAGAUCCGAGAUGGAUCCAACAAUUUUUGAGCUUGCAAAAUUGGAUUUCAACAUUACUCAAUCAAUGCAUCAACAAGAACUCAAACUCAUCUCCAGAUGGUGGAAGCAAACAAGACUAAGUGAAAAGCUACCAUUUGCAAGAGAUAGGAUAGUGGAGUGUUACUUGUGGACAUUAUUUGAUGGACUCUCCCAGCCUAAAUAUGGUUAUUCAAGGAUUAUGGCCACCAAAGCCAACAUCUUAAUUACACUAAUCGAUGAUAUUUUUGAUGUCUAUGCUACCUUGGAUGAACUACACCUCUUCAAUGAUGCAAUUCAAAGAUGGGAUCUAGAAGCAGUGAAUCAACUCCCAAACUAUAUGCAAAUUUGCUUUCUCACACUCAACAACUUCAUAAAUGAGAUGGCAUGCGAUGUUCUGAAAGAACAAGACAUUCUCAUUAUUAAAUAUUUGAGAAAAUCAUGGCAAGAUUUAUGCAAAUCAUUUAUGCAAGAGGCGCAGUGGCAUGUGGCAGGGUGCACACCAUCACUAGAUGAAUAUAUCAACAAUGGAUGGAUUUCAAGCUCAGCUCCUGUGAUCUUGUCAAACACAUUCUUCCUCAGCACAAAUCCAAUACAAAAAAUCGUUGUUGAUAGCUUGUACCAAUACCCAGACUUAGUUAAAUGUCCAUCAAUGAUUUUAAGGCUUGCAAAUGACAUUGCAACAUCACCGAAUGAGAUGGAAAGAGGCGAUGUGGCAGAAUCAAUUCAAUGCUACAUGAAGGAAUCGGGAGCUUCGAUUGAAGAGGCGCGUGACCAUGCAAGAAUUUUAAUAUGGAAUAGUUGGAAAAGGAUGAACGAGGAAAGAGUUGGAGAUUCUCGAUUUUCGAAAGAAUUUAUAGCAAGCGCUGUUGAUCUUGGUAGACUGGCACAAUAUAUGUACCAACUUGGAGACGGGCAUGGAAUUCAGAACCCUCAUAUUAAGGACCGGAUUUCAAGUUUGUUGUUUGAGCCCAUCGUUUAGAAGUUGAGCAUGUUAAGUUCACGAGAAUUCGAUAGUCUCAUAUUCAAUGAUUCCCAGAUUUGGACCGCAUUCAAGUAAUUUGUUGUUACGAGUUGAGCAUGUUAGAUUUUACGAAGCUUAGAUCGGAUUAGAUACGAUCCAAGACUCGUAAGUCGUAAUAAAGUCUACGAGAAUUAGGGACGGUCUCAUGUUAGAUAAUGAAAAGAUAUUUCGAAUAUUUUUAUUUGAUUCCA